UGUCUGCCUUCGCAGUAAAUAACACUUCAAUAUUACUAGAAAAACGUGAAGUCUGUGCAAAUCCAGGAUGUCAUGGAUUGAUUUUUAAGGAUUGCUCAUAUAGAGAGCUUUACACAAAAAUCAAUGCUAUUGAUGCAUCUGAUCAUAAAGCACUUAGUGAUGCCCUCGCUAGUAUGUUUGCACCGGACAUAGAUAACAAAGUUACUUCAGAAAAUCAAGAUAAUGAACUUACACAGGCAUGGUAUUCUGCAAACUCCGCAAUUUUCAAAAGUAAUUCCCAAUGCGUUAAAGAAUUUAUGUUGACUUGGAUAUGUGAAAAAUACAUUCAAAAAUCUUCGCUUGAUAGUUUAAAUGAGUUGCUUAAUAAACUUCCUAGUAUUUUUGCGAAAGCAUUACCUGGUGGUUCUACUGGUUCUAUUACAGCAUGGGUGGUUAAGCAGGCACUUAAACAGGCAAUGAAAAAAGAUGUUUCGAUUACCCAAAAAUUGAUUAAUUCGGCAGCAAAUAUUGUAGAAAUGGGUGAUGUUACUUUUCUUUAUAAUGUUGGCAACUGUUAA